AGUCGAAUCGAAUAGAAUCAAAGAUCGUAGACGCACUUUUUUCUUUCAAGUGACACUUUCUUUUGUUUUGCUUGCCGACCAUGACAUCAACAACCAUCUAUGCGGGAGACUUUCUAGUCCAAGGUUCCACAUCAACAACAACAUCAACAGCCACUAGUCCACUGUUAAUAUCCGAUGUGAGCUUGUCCUUUUGGGGUGGCAUUGAUCCAUUGACGGGAAUUGUGGUGGAUACGUCCCAUCCCCUCCAUGGUCACUGCGUCACGGAUACCAUUUUGUGUCUGCCGUCGGGACGUGGCUCUUGUACCGCAUCGCAGGUUCUCUUGGAAUUGAUUUUGAAUCGCAAGGCACCCACGGCCUUUGUGUUUCGCGAUGUCGAUGGAUUGGCAUGUGUCGGGGCCAUUAUUGCCCAAGAAGUCUUUCAACAACAAGGCAAUGAUGAUAGUGAUGAUGAUGAUGGUGAUAAUUAUUUGGUGGUGCCGGAUAUGAUUCAUGUUGGCACGGAUCGAUACAAUCAACUCUUACAAGAACAACAACAACUGAAGCAAUCGUCCAGUCAGUCUGGCUGUGUCUUGCCCAAUGGAGAUCUCCUAGUGGGAAACGAUAGCCACAGUGUCGCACAAGCAGUGCAAACGUGGAGAAACGACAACAGUGAUACUACUGUUACGGCCACUGUCAACAGCGACAACCCACAGCAACUGCAACUGACAAAAGAAGAACAAUCCAUGCUCGACAAUGCCACCACGGAAGCCCAACGCAUGGCAUUCCGAGUCCUUUUUCGGUAUGCUCAUCUUGGCAAAAACAAGACACACGAUGAUGACAGUAUCGCCUACGAAACCAUCACACAAGCCCACAUUGAUGGUUGCACGUAUAUCGGACCGGGAGGUCUCGCAUUCACCCAACGGCUCGUCCAAGCCAAUGGUAAAGUACUGGUGCCCACCACACUCAAUUCCGUGUCUGCCGAUCGACGACGUCAUUCUGCCUUGGGCGUUCCAGAGGACUAUGCCAACAAUUCCAUUGCCCUCGGAGAUGCCUAUUUGGCACUAGAUUGUCAACCGUCCUUUACGUGCGCUCCCUAUUUGCUCACCGCGACAGCCCCCGAAUUGGGAGAUCAAAUUGCCUGGGGCGAAUCCAAUGCCGUCGUCUAUGCCAAUUCUGUGCUGGGUGCGAGAACCGAAAAGUACGCCGAUUACUUGGAUAUUUGCUGUGCAUUGACGGGAAAAAUUCCCGCCACCGGAGUCCACUUGACGCAAAAUCGUGUCCCACAAGUGAUUCUGGAUGCCACGGAUUUGUUGCAACAAGUGCUGUCGUCGUACCAAAAAGAAAAUGUCGUCAAUUUGGAAAUGCUCUUUCCCACUCUGGGACAUGUCUGUGGCGGUCUCAGCGAUGGCAAGGUUCCCAUUUUGGUGGGAUUUGACAACGAGGAGUGGGCAUCCAUCAUUACCAACGAUCACUUAAAGGCGUUUUGUGCGGCCUUUGGGACCACGGGAACGUCGCCGUUGGUUCAUAUCGAAGGAAUCACACCGGAAUCCCAACAAAAUGGAGACUUGUUAAAGUACCAUGCCGAGGGAUCGACCAAGAUUGUGACUUGGGAACAUUGUCAAGAAACGUUUUCCCUCUUGAACAAUAAUAAUACUGGCGAUGACGACAACCAACAAAAGAUUGACUUGAUUGCUUUGGGCAAUCCACACCUUUCCGUGCAAGAGUGCCAUAAUCUCGUCAAUCUGAUACAAAAACAAAUGUCCCACGACGAAACAGCACCCCCCAAAAAGCAUCCCGACGUGCGCAUCAUGGCCUGCCUCUCCCGGGCCAUUCACAGUCAAGCCGAGGAACCGAUCCAGUUCCUCCAAGACUUUGGUGUGGAAUUCAUCAAUGAUACCUGUUGGUGCAUGCUGUUGGAUCCACCAGUGAUCCCGCACGAUCCCAAUGCCACCAUUCUCACCAAUAGUGGCAAAUAUGCGCACUACGGACCCGGAUUGACCAAUCGAAAGUAUCGUUACGGGAGUACCGAAGAUUGUGUGCAUGUGGCGAUGACGGGAGAAUUUCCUGUCAGCACCACAAAUGCUGUUGGCAGUGGCUUGCCGUCGUGGUUGCUUUCCAGGUCAACGGUGCCACAGCAACGAAGUUUCAGUACCGUGAGCAUGGCGGAGCGGGCGCCAGUAUUUCAACAGGCAAGAACACCGUUGAAACGUUGGAAUGGCCGUUCGAUGGGACGAUAUGCACUGAAUGCUGUAAAGCGAAUCGUACGGUAG